AUGAAGAUUGUAUUUGUCACCCUUUGCCUAGCCCUUAGUGUGCUUGCACAAGAAACGUACGAAACAGACAACGACAACUUUGAUAUUUCUGAAGUACUUGGCAAUGAGCGCCUGUUGAGUUCUUAUGCUAAAUGUCUUCUCAAUAAAGGACCUUGCAUUCCUGAAGUGAAAAAUCUUAAAGAAAAACUACCAGAAGCUUUAGCUACCCGCUGCGCAAAAUGCACAGAGAAACAGAAGCAAACUGGUAAGCAAGUAGCAAAAGAGAUAAAGAAAAAUCAUCCAGAAAUUUGGCAGCAAUUGGUAGCAAUGUACGAUUCCGAGGGAAAAUAUCAGCAAGCUUGGGGAGAUUUCCUUAAGGAAUGA